AUGUCUGUUGAAACUAUUACCACGAUUUCGCCUACAACCAACGAGCCGAUCCUAACUCGUACUGGGGUGAGCGCAACUGAUCUUGAAGAGAUCCCCAACGUCGCAGCAGAGGCUUUCAAGACAUGGCGGGAGACUUCGUUGACAGAUCGCACAAUCAUCAUCAAGAAGGCGUUGGGGCUUUUAGAGAAGCAAAAGGACCAGCUAGCCGAAGAAAUCACUGUGCAGAUGGGACGCCCUAUCUCAUAUACCGGAGUUGAAAUCGCGACGGCCAUCAAACGUGCCAACUACUUAUUAAAGAUCAGCGAAGAUACAUUGAAGGACACGGAAGGCGAGGCGGAGAAGGGAUUCAAGCGGUUUAUUCGCAAGGUCCCUGUUGGACCUGUCCUAGUCAUAUUCGCAUGGAAUUAUCCUUAUUUAAUCUUGGUCAACUCGCUCAUCCCGGCUCUUCUUGCCGGAAACACGGUCAUUCUCAAACCUUCGCCUCAGACGCCUACAAUUGCUGAGCAUGUCACUAAGAUAUUCAAUGAAGCUGGGUUGCCGGCCGGUGUUCUUCAAUACUUCCACUGUGGCUCGCCGUCGAUUAUGGAGUCAAUGGUUCGAAAUCCCAAGGUCUCGCUUAUCUGCUUCACAGGCUCUGUUGCCGGCGGCUUGGCGGUUCAGAGGGCUGCGUCUGACAGAAUUGUCAAUGUUGGACUAGAGCUUGGAGGCAAAGACCCAGCAUAUGUGAGGGGAGACGUCGAUCUCGAUUGGGCGGCUGCUGAGAUUGUUGACGGUUCUAUCUUCAACUCUGGUCAAAGUUGCUGCGCGCUCGAGAGAAUUUAUGUCGAUGAGAAGAUUUACGAGCCCUUCAUUGAGGCUACGCAAAAGGUCUUGAAGGGUUACAAGGUCGGCGAUCCGUUGGAAAAAGAAACCCAAAUAGGACCUGUCGUUUCCAAGCGAUCUAAGGAAACCAUUGAGGCGCAUAUUAAAGAUGCCCUGGAGAAAGGCGCCAAGGAUGCGACACCUGAGAACCCGACGUUUACCAACCUCCCUGCCAAAGGCAACUUUGUCAAACCCACCCUACUGAUCGACGUCAACCAUUCCAUGACCGUCAUGACAGAGGAAACAUUUGGGCCUGUGAUUUCUGUCAUGAAGGUUAAGAGUGAUGACGAAGCAAUCCAAUUCAUGAAUGACAGUGAGUUUGGGCUGACUGCUAGCAUUUGGACGAAGGACACAGAGAAGGGAUAUGAGUUGGCUCAGCGGGUCGAGGCGGGUACUGUUUUUGUCAACCGGGCGGACUUCCCGAGCCCCGAUCUGGCGUGGACCGGGUGGAAAAAUUCAGGCAAGGGCGUGACGCUGAGCAAAUAUGGUUUCGAUCAAUUUGUUAAGCUUAAAAGCUUCCAUCUUAAGGACUACCCCAAUUAG